AUGGAGACUCAGAGCGACUCGUCUUUCUCCCGGAAGAGAAGUUUUACAUUCGGUGCAUAUGGAGGGAUCGACAGGUUCAUUUGUGACACCGAAAGCAGCCACUCGGAUGUUCUGACCCACAGCAUUCUGGAUAUUUUAGAUUCUCCCCAGAAAGAGUCCAAACCCUUCACUCCUGCAAACUCCAACCAGAAGGUGACCGAGCUGUUUGAGAUUAUUGAAAAACUGCAGGGCAGCAGAUUAGAUGAACAGCGCUGUGAGUUUCCUCCACCCUUUAAAUCACGGCUGUUAAGGAUAGGCGACGGUUUGCCUCUCAUUCUGCCCCCUAAGUCUGGAGGGUACUGGAUUGACCCCCCACUGGACAGACGGGUUGAGACGAGUCCCACUUCCUCCAGCCCCUCGUUCGGCCUUGAGACCUACGAUAUCAUGGAGAGGGACAGCGAGGCCAAAAUCUACCAGGAGUUUUUCAGACACAGGUACCAUCACUCGUUCACUGCAGUCGAUCCCUCACUUGGGCCGCUCGUUCUCUCUGUCUGUCUGGAGGAGGAGGAGAACCGACUAAGGGUCAUCCUCAGGAUGAAUGAGUGCUCUCUGCAUGCCAUCUUCUCCAUCUUUCUCUUCCAGAACUUUCCUACAGCUGUAGAGCUCGCUAAGAUGCUCUGUACCAGUGUGAGCGUGUCGAGGUUCGAGGUGGUCAGCUACCUGAAGGCUCCAGAGCUGAUAACAGCAUUUGAUGAACACAGAGUGUCUCAGAACUACAAAUUUGGUGUUUUAUAUCAGAAGGAAGGACAAUUAACAGAGGAGAACAUUCUCAGUAAUAAUGAGGAGAGCGAGGAGUUUAAACACUUCCUGUCGAUUCUGGGACAAACUGUUAAACUGCGAGGGUUCACCGGCUUCAGAGGGGGUCUGGACGUGUCACAUGGUCAAACAGGAAGUGAGGCGGUGUUUACUUCCUUUCACGGCCGAGAGAUCAUGUUUCAUGUAUCAACUAAACUCCCCUUUACAGACGGAGACACGCAGCAGCUCCAGAGGAAGCGACACAUUGGAAAUGACAUCGUGGCCGUGGUGUAUCAGGAGGGCAGGACACCGUUUCUCUGUGAUGUCAUCAGCUCACACUUCCUGCACUGCUUCAUCGCGGUGAGGAGGGUAAAACGAGAGAACGGGGCAGACGGAGGGGAUGGAGGGGCAUUUCAGGUGUCUGUCACAGCCAGGGAGGACGUGCCUCCAUUCGGCCCGCCUCUUCCAAACCCCCCUAUAUUUACAGAGGGUUCUGUGUUCCGGGAGUUUCUCCUGACCAAACUGAUUAAUGCGGAGAUCUCCUGUUACAGAGCCGAGCGCUUCAGUAAACUGGAGCUGCGCACUCGCUCCUCUCUGCUGGAGGCUCUCAGGUCUGAACUGUCUUCACGCUCACAGUGCAUGAUGGGAAACUCAGCACCGCCCACCAGCACCGUGGCUCCACCCCCAGAGGGGGGAGGGGGAUUCAUCGAAAACUUUAAAAGAGCUAUAAGGGUGCGCAGUCACUCUUUUGACACAUUGGGAGUUGUGAAGAAGACAGGAGGCCAGAAACAAAGAGUAACUCACACACACACACACACACACACACACACACACACACACACACACACCACACACACAGGGUUGCCAGCUGGAGGACCAGCUCAGACCGAGGACAGACAGACAGACGCUCAGGAGCCUGGUGCAAACUGA